GAAGGGCCGUCGCUUAGCAACGGGCCGCGUCCUGCGCUGGGAGCCGCCAUGUCCGAGCAGGAGGCCCCUGCGUGCAGCGACCCUGCGGAGCCCCAGGCCCCGGCGGCGCCCGAGAGGACCGGCGACUACUACUGUGUGAGCGAGCGCCUGCCGCUGAGGUUCCGCCACCCGGAAUGGUUCCGGGGCUACGGGGGCCGGCAGGCUGUCUCUUUGUACAGGACCAGCAACCAGACGUAUGGGAGCCGGGCACCCUCUGUGCAUGAGAUGCCGAAAGUGUUUUAUCCACACUCGAGUAAGUUUUCGAAAGAAUUUGCGGUGGGUGGAAUGUUCCAGAGCAACGCCUUGAAUGUCUGCUUGGACAAGAGCCUGGUGACCGGUGUUGACAACUGCAUUACCCCCUGCGACCGGCUCAACUUCCACCCCAGUUACAACCCCAGCAGGCCGUCCAUCUGUGACUGAGGGGUUGGCAGCCCAGUCCCUGACCCCAUCUUGCCCGCUCUGGGGGAUUCUUCUCACCGCUUUGCCCUUGGGCAUCCUAGCCUGGCACCCCCUUUGCGAGGCUUCACUGAGGUCUGUGGUCAUUGGAAAUGGGGGUCAUCCGAGUGGGGUCGCCGAGGUGUGCAGGGAGACAUGCUAGCAGCUCGUGUCUGCAUUAAACGUGUUGCCACACCCUG